AUGACUGAGCUAAGGAUCAAACCACCGAUCAUUAGAUCACCUGUAUCCCUAGACGGACAAAAAGCGUCCUUGGUCCCAUUGUCAAGCGUUUCGCGCCAAGUGAAGUGCCUGCCAAAAUCGGCGCACGCGGCAGAGCGCGGGAAACGGCCGACCGGCGUCCGCGCAGAACCACAGCCCGCCUCACCUGACUCUGUUGAUAUGGCCGCUGGCGGACGCACACCUAAGCAGAGGAAAUCAGAUAUGUCUUCAGGAAUGGCAGCGUUGAGGAACGUGUCCAAUACGCCGAGAAGACGCCGCGGAAGCUGCAAAUGUUUGUUUGGUGCACCUGAUAGGGAUGAGACUACUCGACUGAUGGCGGAGCAGUACGCGCGGGACCGGAAUUGGUUUAUAAGGAGGUUCAACUUUGAUAUAGAGACGGAGCGUCCUUAUAAGGUUGCGAGAUUAGAAUCACCAGUGAAGUUUUGGGAUGAGGACAAGGAGAAUUCGAGGAGUCCAGUGAGGUCGGCUACAGAUGCUUUAGCGUGUGUUGGGAACACGGACCUGAAGAUGCUGGGUUCACCUUCGAGAAGGAGUAAUGGCAGCGCUGGUUCUUCGCCGCGGACUCCUAGGACACCCCGCACACCGCGAGCUGCGCGCACGCCACGCACCCCGCGCACCCCCGCUUCAAGAAGACAGCUGCAAAUGACAGCCGCACCUCCUCGAGUCCUCGAGUCAUCGAGUCGUGACUCAUUCGUAACGAGCAACAACGAUUUUGGGGCCCUCUUCGUUUCUCGGAGAAAGCUGCGUGUGCUGUGA